AUUGCUUAUCAGUUGUUGUGCGGGGAGCUGCUUUCAGUGAGCACACACGAGGAAGCUGUCGGACUCACAUGUUUGUUUGGUAGUUUUAAAGCGGGUUACUUUAGAUGUAGUUUGAAUACAGUGCAACAAAUCAGACAUUGUUAGGCGAAGAUGUCAGCGUCAUUGAUCAGGAGAGGCCUGGAGCUGCUGAACGAUGACAUUAAAGACAGCAGUCGAGUGAAGAAGAAGAAGAAGACGAAGAAGAAGCAGACCCCCAGCUCAGCCACAGUGAUGGAUCUGGUCAGCACCAAGCGGCAGGGGGUCACCAAACAGGUCAAGAGGCUGCAGGGCCGCCUCGGGCCCAGGAAAAGCAAGGCCACAGUCAAAGACAAGCGGAUCAGAUCAGCAGUGGAGGAUUUUAGGAAAAACCAACCAAAAAGCCAGCUGAGCGCCAAUCUGAAGUACUUUUUGGAAACAACAGGCAAAGCAGAAGCCUUUGAUGCAAAGAAGAUUUUGAGGCACAGCAGAGGGAGGCAGUCAAGAAAUCGCCCGGACGAACCUGUGAAAAAGUCCAGGGAGGCUCAGUCGGUGUUCACGGAGGAGGAGUUCCAGCGGUUCCAGAGGGAAUACUUUGGCAGGACUGUGGAGGAAAAGAAAUGACACCAACUCUGAGGGGAAACAUGAAAAAAGGACGCAAACCACGGAGAAAGCAGCCGGACUGUGUUGUGUGGAUCAAAGUGGAUUUUUCAGUGAGACUGUACUAGAAUUUAGUUCCACUGCAAUCCACAGAAAUACUUUUAUUACCGAAACAGUAAUACACCCUCCCUAUUUAGAGGUGGGGUGUACAGGUUUAUUAGAUCAUAUUUCAAAACUUACUGUGGAAAACAGUAGUGGAUGAUUUGUGCACAUUAUGAUUUUCUAAUUAAAAAAUGAUGAAGAAAA